AUGUACAAGAAAGAGUUCUUCACUGAAGAUCUCUGGCACACUCUACCCAACACCUGGCAGCAGGUGUUGCAGGACCUGUCCUACCCACAGAUUGCAGACCUGUUACUGGAUGCCGCACAUGGAGACCGGAGGAAACACGUCAAACCCAAGAAACAGCAUGAGAUCCGCAAGCUGGGCACGCUGGUAAAACGACUUUGUGAGCAGACUGCCUGCAGCAGUGUGGUGGAUGUGGGCUCUGGACAGGGUCAUCUGACUCGUUUCCUGUCCUUUGGACUCGGGCUGUCUGUGACCGCCAUUGAGGCUGAUCACACCCUGGUUGCCAUGGCGUCCAGGUUUGACCAGCAGUUACUGUGGGCCUUGGAGAAGGAAAAGCAGAAAAAGAGCUGCUCCUUUCUGGUCCCAGCUUCACAGUCCUCUCCCCGCCACGUGGCUGGUUGGGUAAACCCCAAGGCAUCAUGGGAGGCCUUCAUCAAGCAGCUGAGUGCGGCAGAUUGUGUCUCCGAAGGUUCCCCGACUCCAUCUGGACCGAGCAAAAAGAAACUGCGGGGCUCUGAGCAUGAGCGGUCCUCUUGUGUUGUCCAGACUCCAUCGUGUUGUGCUUCCACAGACUCUGACAGUCGCUCACUGGACUCUGAAUCAACAUCACAGCAUCCGUUAAACACGUCUGUUGAGGAGUCAUCUGCUAAAAACUGCUGCUCGUGUGUGCAGCCUGUCUGUCAGGAGGCGGUAUGUCCUCAGGAGAAUAGCCCAGACUUUGUCCUCACCGGUCUCCAUGCCUGUGGUGACCUCAGCGCCACCCUCCUCCGCCACUUUGUCAACUGCCCACACGUACGCGGCAUCACCUCUGUGGCGUGCUGCUACAUGAAAAUCACCACCAAAGAAAAUCCCUCCCCUCCAGGACGGGUAGCAGCUCCACAAACAUCCGGCCAGGAAGAACUUCACUCAGAGUUCGGCUACCCGAUGAGCUCCUGGGUGCGAGGGCUGCCGGGGCAUCAGUUGUCCUAUAAGGCGAGGGAGGGGGCGUGUCAUGCCAUUGAGGACUAUGUACGGAGGCUUCGGGAGGAGAGCGAGCUGCUAAAGACACACUGUUACCGGGCGAUGCUGGAGACGUUCAUCAGGGAUACGAGGCCGGAUCUGCGCAGGGCCGGAAUCCAAACCAUAAAGAAAGCCCAUCUGCUUCCAUUCACAGAGUACGCCCGCCUGGGUCUGGCACGGGUCAGCCUGCCUCCUGAGAUGCCUCUGGACCCGGAGCGGGUGGAGGCCAUGUUGAGGCAGCAGAGCAGGGUGGUGGUGUAUUUCAGCCUGUCCCUGCUGCUGGCUCCUGUGGUGGAGACGCUGGUGCUGCUGGACAGGAUGAUCUACCUGCAGGAGAACGGUGUGGACAGUCAGCUGGUUCCUCUCUUCAACCCAAACUUUUCCCCAAGAAACUUUGUGCUGGUGGCUCUGAAGCCUCGUGGAUAA